AUGCUACCAGAGCUUCCUAGUCAUACUCAAGAAAAAGAUUGCAUUAUAUCAGAUGAUGAAUUAAUGAGUUUGCAUGGAGAUUCAGAUGAUGAUAAUCCUAAAAGAUCUAUCAUUUUUAAUCCAGGCAAAGACUUGGAGGAUCCAACAUUUGAAUUUCUGAUCAAUAUGAUUUUUAGUAAUAGUAAAGAGUUUAAGUGGGAUGUUGAAGUGCAUGCUGUGAUGAAGAAGAAAGACAUUAAUUUUUUAAAGAAUGAAACUCAGAGGUCAAGAGCAAUUUGCAAAGUGCCAAACUGCAAGUGGUUCAUAUUUGCAUCAAAGGCCAAUCAGGAUGAACCUUUCCAGAUCAAAACAAUAGGCCCUGAUCAUGAAUAUGGCAACCAAAGAGACAAUAAGACUAUUGACUCUGGAUUUUUAGCUAAGAAGUAUAUAGAAGAUUUCAGAAUUAAUCCAUCCUGGGGUGUGAAGGAAUUUCAAGCCCAUAUAAUGAGAACUCACAAGUGCACACUUAGUAGAUACCAAUCUUACAGGGCAAAGAAAAAGGCAACGAAGUUGAUUACAGGAACUAAAGAAGAACAAUUUAACAUGUUGUGGGACUAUUGUGCUGAGUUACGGAGGAGUAAUUCUGGUACUACAUGCAUUUUGAAGAUGGAUGAUAACCCAACCAUGAUGGUCAGAGGCAAAAAAAGAUUUUUAAGGCUUUAUAUUUGUCAUGCAGCUACUAAACAAGGAUUUUUAGCGGGAUGUAGACCAAUCAUAGGGGUUGAUGGAUGUCACUUGAAAGGACAUCAAAAGGGCGGUCAAUUAUUGACUUCUGUAGGAGUUGAUGGAAAUAACAACAUGUAUCCAGUUGCAUUUGCUGUCGUAGAAGGAGAAUUGAAGGAAACAUGGCAUUGGUUUCUCACUCUUCUUGAUGAAGACCUAAGAAUCUCACAAAUUCUCGUGCGUUUUGGAGGACAAGCACUGAAAGAUGUCUUAUGGAAAGCUGCAAGGGCAACCACUGAAGGUGCAUUUCACAAGUACAUGGAAGAAAUGAAAAAAUUGAACCCUGAAGCCCCUCAAUGGUUCAUUAACAAGCCUCCUAUUCACUGGUCUAUAGCUUUUUUCUCUUCUUUCCCAAAGUGUGAUAUGUUAUUGAACAAUUUGUGUGAGUCGUUCAAUAGUGUACUAUUAGUUGCUAGAGACAAACACAUUUUGACAAUGCUCGAGUUAAUUAGGUUGUACAUGAUGUCAAGAUUUCAGAAGAAUAGAGACAACAUGAUGAAGCAUGGACACAAAUUUUGUCUAAAAAUCUUGUUGAAGUUAGAGGAGAACAAAUCUAAGGCUGCUGAAUGUAUUGCCACUAAAGCUGACCAGUUUCAUUAUCAAAUUGAUGACAUCAAUCUUAGACUAUUCUCUGUUGAUCUUAAGGAGAUGAUAUGUUCUUGUAAGAGAUGGGAGUUAACUGGAAUACCUUGUCAUCAUGCAAUUGCAGCAAUAUGGGUUGAAAAAGACGAACCAGAAAUCUCUGAAGAGUGGCCUAAAACAGGAGUUGAACCACCACUGCCACCGAUAUACAAAACUCAGCCUUGUAGACCGCCAAAAUUAAGAAAGAGAGGAUCUGAUGAGACAUCCCCAAAAGAUAGGGACGAUCACGGCAGAAAGCCACUUUGGCAGAUGACAAAUAAAAAGUUCAACAUGACCAGUUAUUGUAGAAAGGUCGAUGAGCUUGUUCUUCAAGAUAGAGACAUGGAAGACUUGAGCUUGUUCUUCAAAGAGAGAGAAUUAAAAUGA